CUUGAUAUUAAUCCUGAGAUUCAAAUGUCCACAAAACAGUUUCUUGAAAUGGAUUCUAUUAUUGCAAGUUAUGAAAUCAUGUCUGAUAUGGAAAUUGUAAAGGAAGUCUUACACUGCUCUAAUCCUUUGCCACUUGAAAAUAAUUCUGAAGACGAGGUAAUACUAUUGCCAAAAACUGUACUACAAGGAAAAGAGAUGCUUGAAGGUGCUCUUUUGUGCAAUCUGGUUGCAAUUGCUUCUGUUCUAAUUUCGCAACUCUGGCAACAGUAUCAAUUUCAUUCAGCUCCAUACCGCCAAAAACAUGGGCCCAUUUUCUCUUUUCGACGAGAGGCUGAUGAACUCAAACGCAGUUUAAAUUUACUUGUAAAAGAUAAUUCGGAAAAGGUCAGAGAGGGUGCCACUCGGUUGUUGGAUAAUUUCGAGACAGAUAUGGAGGCCCUGCUGAAGUCCCAAGAAGGGGUACAUACUUCCGUGUCUACGGCGGGGGGAUCAACCUGCUUUAUGGGGAAUCCGACACGUUCUGGGGAUCAACCUGUUUUAUGGCGAGAGGUGUAUAUUCUCACACAACUACGGCGAGGGAAUCAACUUGCUUUAUGGGGAACCGUUAGACAUCGAACGAAAUUUGAGGAUGUUCACAUAUUUUGGCAACGAAUCGAGAAUGAAACAUUGAUUGACAAUGCUGAGACGGAAGUAGCUUGCAAGUUCAUAUACAGAUCUUCUAAUGUCAUUGAUGUGGCGCUUACCAAUGUUGAGGAGAAGAUGAAACAAAAUCGAAAGCAUGCAGAAAAUAGGAUGCAAAGACAACCAUAUGAAAAUUCAUCAACUUCUUUAGAUGAGGGUGGAGGGUGUUCUACAAAGAAAAUCGGAGGUAUUACACCCGUUUGUUAUAAUAACAAUCUGAGUGAAAUUGAUUCGGAGCACGAAGAGAAGGCAAAUAGUAUACUAAUGCAAAUGUUGGAGUCCGAUAAAAGAAAACAAUAUGAAUAUGAUGAUGGAAGUGAUUAUGAACCAAGUAGCAGUCCUUCCUCUGAUUCGAGCCAUUAUAAAAAAAAAAAGCAAAAGAUAAGCAAACGAAAACAAUCAAAAUCAAAAGUAACAGUGAUAUGUGAAAGAAAUCAUUGCAGUAGUACUAAUAAGAAUGAAGAUAAUUCAGCACCUGCAAUAAUUAUGACCGGAGGUGACGUUGCAUCACCUCUGCCAUUAUCAUUAUUACUUCCACCGUCACUGCUAUCACCACCCAGUUCUCUAAAUUCUGUACUAAACAAUGUAAUAAUACCACAAGAUUUACCAACGUUGGUAAAUCAAGAUCAAUUAUCGACUUUAACUGCGAACCCUUCCAUCCAAACUCCUGGGACUCCACCGCCAAUGCCAAAUGUUAAUAAUAUACAGAUUACUCCUCAAAAGUCGGUGCUUUCUAAGGAAUCUGUUACCUAUCUGCAAAAUUAUAUAGAAUUAAACGUAAAUGGUCAAGGAAUGAUCAUAAAAGACAAUCAUACUUCGGAAGAAACCUCUAGUAUAAUUCGCAAUUGGCUUAUAACGGCAUUAACAUCACCGAAAGAGGAGUUUGUAAAAGCUAUCAUAGCUCCUUUAAGCUCAGAAGCAAGUCCAAAAGAUCAUGAUUUUCGUCAAAUUUGCGAGUUUGUACUUUACGAUUUUUAUUUUAUGACAAAGAAAGGUCCGUUAAGAAGAGACGUUAGUGAGAAUACGUAUAUUGUCGAUAGGAUCGCUCCCCUGUUCAAAGCAAUUCAAUCGGUGUAUAAUGAAUAUAAAUUUCAUUGGAUCGAAGUUGAAUUGGAUUGUAUGAGGGAAGUGAAGAAGAUAUUCCCCAAGUUUGAUUUACCUAUAAACCAAGCUGAUGAUUCAGAAAAGCUUUUGAAAGAAGCCGUAUUUGGUCUUGUUUCUCUAUUACGAAAUUAUUUGGACAAAAGUGCGGAAGAAUCGAAACAGUUAUAUACUUUCAUAAUUCAGGGCAUCGGCGACCGGUUAACGCUCAGUAAAUUAUGCUUAAUAAAUAAGCAUGUCUACAAAGUUUCGCAGAUAAAAUCUGCAACCCUCCCAUUCGAAUUCAUUGAUGUGGCGGAUUAUUUAGCUGUCUUUGAAUUCCUUUAUAUUCUUGUGAUCGAGCUCGAAAGUCAAACGAGAGUAAUUAAUAAAUUAAGGUUAUCUAGAUCGGCCGAUGGCGUGAUUGUACCAAGAAUUCGGGAUUGGAUUUGGAUUCCAGAUUCGAUUUCUGCAUGGGAAUGUGAAGAGAUUCAAAAUGAAAAUCUAUGA